AUGUACAUGUUUCAAAACGCUCCUUGCUUUUCUCUUAUGGUCGCUGUCGCCACAGUCCAGGCUCUGGAACUGUCUGCAGGCUCUGGUCUGCGAGGAGUAUGCCAUAUGGAACCGCUUCCUUGCUCAGAUGCAUCUGGAGGGAGGGUUUCUCAUCACGAGGGAGUCACACUUGAUACAAGACACCUAAAAGGCACUGGAGGGACAGAAGAUCAGAGGAAGCGGGAACGCCGUGGCUCCUCCCAGGGCGGAGGCUCCGUGUCGGGCAGGGCACCUCGGGAGGCAUGGCUGCGGUCGGUCUCCAGCCACUCUGGGGCCACGGGCACACCGUGA